ACAUAAAGUCAGGGCUCUUGGAAAGUGGGGUACAGGAGGAUACCAGAUGUUUCUCUGGAAAAAAAUGCUUACAAUUAAUGUAUGGGAAGAGAUUAUUAUAGCAUUAUUUUAUCAGCAUUAGUAUAGAAUUACUUUAUUAGCCAUGCAAUAAUUCAGUGCACCCUACUGACCCUGCAGUAAAACAGCAACAUCAUCUGAAUAAUAUGAAAAUCAGUUCAGAGAUUAAGCUAAAUUCAGAUUAAAAACUUGAUCAAAAGCUUUGUUUUCUAACCCAUAGCGCUCUCUGUGGCUUCUAAUAUUUUAACAUUCUUCCUUUAAAAUGGAGAUUUUACAAUGUGGAAGCUCCUGAAUAGUAGUGAAUUCUUGCUGGAGAUGAACCCUCUCAAUGAAUCUGAACUUAAUGAAUGGACUUUUCAUUAAGAGACGUUGGUGAGGGCAAUGCUAUGACCUCAGCCAAUGUCACCACAGAGUUUAGAGGGAAAUGGCAAACACGGUUUAGUUCCCCUCUGAAAUCAGUUUUCACUACAGAGAGCCCUGACUGACAGGACAAGAUAGAAAGGCAAUGUCUUAAUCUUAGUGACUGUCAGCUCUCCUCAAGUCUUCUGUGCUCUCAAAUUUUCCAUAAUAAAGCCUUAUGCACAAAAAUGCAGCAUGAUUAAAUGUAGCUAACCAGAACUCUAUUUUGCUUGUGUAGCAUCAUUACUGUGUUCACGGUGACAGCAUAAACACAGAAACCCAGUGUCUUCUCCCAUUUUCUUAACAAAAAGAAGUCUAUGUCUAUACUAAUAUACACAGCACAACUUUGAGAAUAAUGCUAUCUGAGAAAAUGUCACAGUGCUAAUAAUAAUCCACCACAUCAUAAAGGCGGAGAAAAAAAAAGUUACUUGUAGUGCAGGGCACAGGGGUGGAGAGGCUGGAAGAAAAAUUACAUAGUAAAGCAGAACUCUGCUUUGCUUUGUUGUCCCCUGACAUCAUCUUCAGGAGCAACAUGGCCAAUGGUCAUGCAAUGCCUUUGCUUUUCAAGGUACUUGGGCAGAGCUCACACUUAGCAUGCAAGGAAGUUCAGCAUCUCCAGACAAGGCUUGGCUUGCCAAAAACAGAAUAUAAUUUUAGCUUUCCACAAACUACUUCUGUCUUCUGACUUAAAGACUUUGCUCAUCUAGGCCUUUGGAAAGUGUGUGCAGAGCCUGUUUCACGCUGUUAAUGAAGUAGAUAAAGGCAGUGAUGAACUAGAGCUGACACCACAGACUACCCCAACAUUUCUGCUCCCUGCUAAACCUCCACUUCUUUCAAUUCAUCUUUACAAAAAAAUCCUGAAGAUUAAUAAAUUCUGAUCUGACUUUAAGACGUGGGCCAUAAGAAUGAAUCUAUGCUGAAAAAUCAUCCAUGUGGAGCAAAGUGGAGAACAUAAAGCACACAGUUUUGGUCCCUCUCCCACAGUCACCUUCCCCUUUUACAGCUGCUUAGUGGAAAAACUAGCCAAAUCCACUCCAUCUCCUCAAACCUUCCUGUACUUCGUUUCCUUCUGAUGUCGUGGGAGAGGAAAACUCAGUUUCUGUUGCUAGAGUCAGACCCUCAGUGAACAAAGAAUUAGCCACUGAACCAAAACAAUAGAAAGGAGGACUUCACUAAAUCAAGGAGACUGAAACAGAUGCUCCCAUCCUGAAUAGGGGGCACAUGCAAAAUCUCUGAUAGGUAGUUAUAGGUACUACUUAGUUCACAAAAGAUGAGCAAUACCAUCAGGAUAAUUCCCCUCAAUCAUGGUCUGACUGAAGGGAAACAUUCUGCUUACAUCUCACAUAAUUUUAAUACCUUUUUGCACAGGAAGAAAAAGAUCACAAUUCAUUGAACCAAAUGCAGUAAAAUAACCUCUUCUUCCCUCGAUUUGAAUAGCAUUUUAUUGCAGCAUAUUGCCACUCCAAAUGAAGUUACCGUCUCUUCUCUGGGUUUUUUCCAACAGUUCAUAAGAGGAGGUGAAUAAAAAUGAAUCUCUGUUAUUCCCAUACAGAUAAUUUCUCAGUAAGAAAUUAAAAGUCCAUGUGGUCUUUUGGCACAGGACUCCUCAGUUCUAAGCUGUAGUCUACAACCUAUUGAUCUUUACUCCAGUAUUGAUAACAGCUAGUAGCAGCAAACAAAUAAAAUGCUUCCAAAGCUUCCUAAAGAUAGCCAGAAAUUCAGCACUGAGUGCUCACAGCUGUGGAGGAGUAGGUGACCAGUUUUCCACCAGGUGAAUAGACUUAGUCUGCCACUGGAGGUUGAGACUCGAGAGGAGCAGCUUAUUUCUCUGUUUUGCACUAAAAUCUGUAUGCAAGUACAGCAGUCUUGACUCUAGCCUGACAGAAGGCAUUGAACAGACUGCUCCUAAGCUUCAUUACUUUAUUUUUUUGACCAUUCAUAGCCACAUUUAUUUCUGUAGCUAGCAUACAGUGCUUCUGAGGCCAGGAAGCCAGACACAGGAUUUUUCACUUGAGUAUAAUCCCCAUCUUAAUUGUGCCACUUACAGCGAUAGCACCUCAGAGUGUCAGAAGUGUAAGGCAGAUCUUAAUAUUGUAGUCUGCUUCUACAUGAUGCUUUUUCUUCCUGUCCUCUGAUCCUUUGAAAACCAAAGGAAAACACUGCAUUCGCUGCUUUAUUUCUCUCAGGUUUUGAAAAUAUUUUUUGUUAUUUUGCUCCACACGCAAUCACAAUUUUUUAACCUGAAUAGUAUGAAGAUGAAAGUAAGGUGAACUCUAAAUAACAGCAAGUUACCCUGAUUCAAGGUAAGGGACAUUUGAAAUAAAGUAGAUACAGUUUGCAGCUUGAAUUAUUAGGUAGAUGACCCACAUUCAUUCUUGGAGUGUCACUGGUUAAAUACUAUUUACAAAAUUAAUCUAGAAAAAGUGUAACAGUUAUAAAGGUAUCUAGAGGGAAAAAAAACAACAAAACUGGGCUGGAAGAGAACAAGCUCCUCAACAGGGCCUUUGAUCAGGGCAGACUGGAGGAGUGGGAAGCUGCAGGAAAGGUCAGUACACACACACACAGAGCUGGUCAGGUUGGCAAGUACCCACAUACUGUGUCUUCAUUCUUUUCUCAUAGUACUCACUUUCUACAAUGCAAAGUGAAUUUUACACUGAGCUUACGGAUUUGUGAUUUAUGCUAUUAAAAAUGGAAUUAUGUCAAUUCCAUGAGGUGCAUAUGUACAUUAUUUCCUUCACAGCAGCUUGACUUCUGAAAAAGUCACUGUCCUUUCCAAAGCAAGCAUUCUACACAGAAGCCUCCUUUUUGCACCAAAGAGCAAGACUUACUCUUUUGAUGGCUGGGUUUAUAAUUUUUUCCGCAAGCCAGACGAUGUUGAUAUAUCAAUUUUUUUUUCUUGUUUUUUGGCAAUCAAACUACAUUUCUUCAUACUGAAAUGGGGAAAAGCAGAUACUUUCCUUACAGUGAAAGAAAAGAAAGUACCUCUGGGCACAAUGGGGACGUGUCUGUGAACAUGUCUUUCUCUUGUCACGGAAAGUAAAAAGCCCAAGUUGAUGAUUGUUGGGACCGGGUACCUCCAGGCACAAAGAAACAAACUUAUUUCUUCUCCUAUGGUCUAAAUCACAAUCAGACACUAAGGCAUGGUAUAUUUAUGUCUUGAUCACAAAAAUGUGCUAUACUGAAACUGCAAAAUACUGUCUGGAGUGGAUCCAGCAGGGAGCAUGGGAGGAAGGCAGCAAGGGACUUAUCUUGAAUAAAUCACGUUGUUUCUAUAGUUAGCCUCUCAACAUCUGCUCUUGGAAAGUACUGGAAGCAGGACAGGCACUUAUUUACCCCAUUGAUUCUACACAAGUCUGGCAGCCAGUAAGGAUUUUUUCCUCCAUUCCAGACACUUACACAAAUAGAAAUAUCAGAUUGGAACAACGUUUCUAAAAAACAAAACAAAACCAAAAACACUUUGUAAAUUUUAAAUGCAAAAUAUAACUUCCAUAUCAAAAUUAAGUGACUCGACAUGUUAAAAUGAAAAAAUUCUUUCAAAAAGACAACUCUAUCUCUGAAAGUGCCUGCCCCACCCUUGGGGCAACCAGCCCCUCGGUCACCUCACCUGUUCCUGGCAGAAGGCGUUGUACCCCUGUGAGCUUGCCUGUCCCCUCUGCCUCUGCUUUCCAAUAGUACCACUCAUACACCCUUGGGGUUUCUGACAGUGCUUCUUAUAACUUUUCCUCCUAGAAACUAGAGAAAAGUACAUUUUUUUCUUGAUGAGCCUUUUCUUUUAUUGGUUUGUGGCCCCUAUAAAAAAAAAAACGGAAAUAGAUGUUUGUAUUGCAAAGCUGGGCCUCUGUGGGCAGGCCUGGGACGUGUCAGUCUCCCUGGCAGGCUGGAGCUGGAAACACAGCCUGUACAAAGCACUCUAACCAAAAAACUUGUGGUUUCAGCACUUUAUUAAUUUGAUAUAAAGUCCCACCAACCCAUUAAUUAAAGAUCACAGGGACCAGAAGUUAACCCUGAUUGUCCAAGUCCAUGUUUGUAGAUAUGCCUGUUGCCCCAGCAAAAACAGGCCUUUUCCUUCAUCUAGCUAAACUGGCUUUUACUUUUAUUUACUGAUCAGAUUACAGGUCAGGCCGCAACUCUGUUUUGUUUAUGUUAUCUUACUAAUUAUACUUUAUAUCUACUUCAUAGUUGAGGUCGAGUGUGAUGAAACAUAGUUCUGCCUCCUUGUUCUCCAAACUUUCUCCAUCCCUGGGCCCCCCCAUCUGCCACCACAGCCAGAUCCUGCAGAGGCUUUAGCACGCAUGAGGUGCAGCUAUAUGUGGCAUGGCUGAAGGCCGAGGGUGGGAAGGUAUGGGAGGGCAGGAGUGGCAGGGAACCAGUGCCUCUGUGUCAAGGAGGGCAGGUCUUUGUGCAGCCUCCGGGAGCGAGCCUGGCCCUGGUGUGCAACAGCCAGGGACUGCCCAGACUGCUAGUCAGUGGCAGAUGAAGGAAAGCUGAGAAAGAAUAUGGCAACUCCAAGCACAGCAAGGCAUAGCACAAAGAGAAUGGUAAUUUUAACGAGAGUUGCAAGAGAAGGAAAGCCAACAACUGCGCUGGGUUUGCUAUGCAUGCAUACAUAGGCCAGGAGAAAAAUUUCCUUAACUUAAAGGAACUUUGAAAUACUGGCUGGGGAAGACAGUUACCUAAUCGCUUCGUCAUACUGUCUUCACUACAGAUGCUGCAGAGGAAGUUAAGCAACAAAAACUAAUAACUCUGCAUUGCAACUUUUGCAACACCUGUGUAACUUUCAGCCAGCACAAGAAGCUGCAUGUCACCAGUAUACAUUUUUAUGUGAACAAACACUAUGAGCAACCACAGGGCUUGCAAUAAAAAUGGAGAUAUAUUAAACUCUCCAUGUCACAGCAGAAAGGAGUUCUAUGCUUAAAAACGUCAGGUGUUUGCAACUUCCAUUUAAAUUAAGUUUUUCCAGAGGAGAAUUUGGCCAUGGUAAAUGCAACCUCAUUGCAUCCUGAUUGCAGAGAUGGAUUGUCUGUAAGUAAUCUCUAAAAGGAUCUGUACUCCUUUAUGUCUAUUUAUAAUUAUUUUUUCAGUCAAUUGCAUUAGGCAUCUCCUAUUUUCCGGGCCAUGAGCACUCAUGAAGUAUAACUGCAUUGUUGCCUCUAGGCAGAAUCUCAUCCAUCAUCAAUAGUUACUUAUAAACUCACUAUUAAGUCAACUGGAGUAUAAUCCCAGAUAUGCAGACUCUUCCCAAACAUAUAUGGCAGUAUUGAUGUUUUCACACUGCCUAAGCUUAACUCUGGCAGGUGAAGGUGCUCCAAACCUGCACCCUCCUUCCUAUGAUCAGGGACCAGAUGUGCACUCUGACAGCCUAGCUGGUGGGAAUUUAUUUCUUUAAAGGCAGGAAAAAAGGUGGAGAUCUGAACCAAGCUCUGUUAAAUCAAUGGAAAGACUCCUGCUGGUUUCCAGAUGAAGCACAGAUUAGUCCUUCCCAGCUAAACAGAUUAGUUCACCCUAAUAAGUCUUGACAGUUGCCCAGGCUCUGUGGAUUACUAUGUAUAGCCAGCAAUGCUUAUACAACAUAGGUAUGAUAGGCAGGCAUGGAGCACAUACAGAAGAUUAAUACUAAGUCCCUAAGGUAGAAGCAUCACAGCACAAGCCAUUAUCAACAGCAGGGAGAAGGGCCGUGUUUAUCAGCCAAUGUACAGCAAUCAGAAAGUAUCACCAGACACAGAAUUUACAGUAAGACUUUUCUGGAAACUAUUCACCAUGGAGGUCUUGGUGUACAAGCUUAUGAAUUCGACUUGGGCUGUUUCUGUGUUCUCACACUGGAAAUAACUGGUGAUGGCAACUCGUGAGCACCUGGAGGUAUAGACUGAGCUUGCAGAUGUCUCCCCAGAAUCUCUCACUUUCAGACUCGCUGCACAUAGCAGUUUUGGCUUCCAUACUUUCUUUUAUCAUUUACUGGCUCAUCAGAGACAGUCACAGAUUGAGAAACCUGAGUGGAAAGCAUGUCUUCAUAACAAGCUGUGACACUGAACUUGGAAACUCACUGGCUAAAUGGCUUGACAAAAGGGGAUUUUGUGUCAUUGCUGCAUGUGCCACAGAAAAAGGAUGCCAAGAGCUACAGUCCUGCUCCUCACUCUCAUUGAAGACAGUGAACCUCAACUUAGCUGACUCCAACAGCAUUUCCAGGGCUGUGGUGUUUGUGACCAAAGAGACAGCUGGCAAUGGGCUUUUUGGAUUGGUGAGCAAUGCUGAAGGAACAGCACCUGUAGCACCCACUGACUGGCUGAGGAUUGAAGACUUCCACUCAGUGCUGGAUGUUAGUCUGCUGGGAUCGAUUGAAGUCACGCUCAAGCUUCUGCCACUUCUGAAAAAAGCUGAGGGAAGAAUAGUCAAUCUAAUCAAUGCCAAAGGCCUCAUGGCUUUUGUAGGGGGUGGCUACAGUCUGUCCAAAUGGGGCAUGGAAGCUUUCUCUGACACCUUACGGAUAGAGAUGCAGCAUUUUGGAGUGAAAGUAAGCAUUGUUGAGCAUGGUUUCUUUAGAGGAGGAGUUGUUAAUUCAGAUGUCAUUGAGAAAACCCUCUUCAGACUUUGGAAUGGACUGACUCCCGAGAUCAGGGACUCCUAUGGAGAAAGAUACUUUGUUGAAUAUACAAAAGCUCAAAGAUCAUCAGUGAAAAGACUGUGUGAUUUUGAUAUUUCUAAGGUCAUAAAAUGCAUGGAACAUGCCCUGAUAGCAAAGUACCCCAGGACACGAUAUGGAGCUGGAUGGGAUGCAAAGUUCUUCUGGCUGUUUCUCUCCUACGCCCCAAGCUGUUUAUCUGACUUGCUGCUGUGUAUGACAUUUCCAGCUCCAGCAGCUAGUGGGAAAUCAGUUCAUGGAGUUCUAAUUAACAUUUAGUAUUACACCAGUAUCAGGUCUGCAGAAAUAAAUAUUAAUCCUGUCAAAACCAGACAUCCUCUUCUUUACCAGAUACUACACUGCUUAAAUUCCUUUCAGAAGACACUUUCUCCACCCCUCACCCCUCCUUACCUGGAAUUUCUGAGUUUGCAGAUAGUCUUGUAAAUCCAGCAUGUUUUUGAAGGUAAUUUUUAAUGCUCAGAAAUUAUACCUCUGUAGGAUCUGCAUUCAUAAAAUAUUCAGCUACAAAGCUAGUUAAUACUACUCACUGAAUAAAUAAAAAAAAAAUUUAAAAAGCAAAAUGAAAUCACUUAAAGAAUCAGUUUUUCAAGUGGAAUUCAUCAACAUAUAAGCUGGUAGCGAACUUGAAAUAAAACAGCAGCCUUUCAGAGCAUAUAUUUUAUACAUGUACCUCACAGAAGAUAUUCGGUCAGGCUUACUCAUCUAUUUCACGGGCAGUUUUGCUCAGGGUCAUAUUCAGGAGUUGCUAAACUUCACAAGCUUCUGAACACAAGACAUGAAAUCAAAUAAUAACAAAGCCCAACUAUUGCAACUUAUUCCAAAAAUUACAAUUGCAGUAUUUGACCACAUCUAAUCAUCUGACUAUUCAGCUGCGUAGAGAUAAAACACAAGCUAUUUUACAGAUACACAAUUACAGGGGAAAUCAAAAGUACAUUGUACUCUGGCUACUAUGCAAAUAGAGUAUCCAAAUUUAUAUUUUCCCUAAUAUUAAUAUAGUUUAUGAUUAAGAUAUUAAAAAUAAUAUGCAUUCACAUUUCUUUCAUCCUCAGUGUGCUUUGUAAGUUAAAAGGAUGAUCAUUUCAUUCAUUAGAUGAAACAGGUGCUACAGCGUAUGCUCUAGCAAAUUAGUUCAACUGUACAAAGAGUGUGUUCAGAACAGCAAAAUGUUUGUUGAGGUUACUGUGCCUCUUGUACACUAUUUGUAUCUGUUAAGCUGUUGGCCAGAGGCUCACAAACUGGUGUUCCUAGAGAUAUUAAAUUGAAGGGGUAAAGGUUUUAUUUGCUGAACAGCUGGGCUGCUGAUUAAUCAUUAAUGUGCAAUUCAAUUAAGCUUACAAAAAUACCAUGUGCGGGUCAGAACUCUAAGAAAAGGGAGUGUCAUCACUCCAUGUGUGAGAGCGGGGGUGUGUGUACAUGGGCAAGAAAGGGAUAGAAUGUAAAAAAACUUUAGCAACCUUUAAGUACUACAUUGAGGUUCUAUUCUCUGGCAAAUGGCUUCAAGAAUAAAUUUCAUUAUAAAUACCUGAGAAGCGACAGUUCUCUCUAUCUGGCCUAACAGCUGUAAAGAGAAUGUACAUGAAAAAACUUAAUGGUAUCAUUUAUCAGCCCUAUAAUGCAGAAACAGAUAAUGCUCAAUUCUCUAAAAAUCAGCUGCCUUUGAAACAGAAAGAGGCCGGAAUUCCAGAAUCCAAGCAGAGACUGUCCUCUUAAGGGAAAAAGAAUACAAGUGAAAAACAAAGUUAGGAAUAGAAUCUAAAGCUUUUGUUGAACAAAAUACGAAAAAAUAAAUUUUACAUAAUCAAAAGGGUACAAUGUGGUAUGCUACUGAGAGGAAGAGGCCCAGUUGAAGCUUCACUGGAAUAUAUAUAGGAAUCCUUCACUAUCUACACAUUAAACAAUCAAAUCUACAUACUAUGUAUUUAUACAAUAUGCCACAGAUGGUUUUCUUCUACAUCUGAAAAGUUAAAAUUACUGGGGGAGGAGGGGAGAGGGGAAGUAUCUCUGAUACAUGGCUGACAUAUUCCAAAACUGGUUCCACAUCUUUCUGGUGCCAAAGACUAUUUACAAAACUAAUGCUACUCUUACCUGUGGCAUGCAACUGGAGGUAAGUCUUGUGGAAAUAUUAGCCCUGCCUUCUCUCUUUAAAAAACAUUGUGAACUCUUUCCUUAAGAACAGCAACCUACCUUUCAAAGAAAUCCUUUGUCAUAGCCUUACAGAUGUGUAUGCUGUGUCCCAGGUCCAAAGGAAAUUUCUACAUUAAAGCACUCAGAUAGGAAAGUUAAUUGAACAAAAGUUUUAAUCGCUUUUGUCCAUACUAGCUUGAUAGUCAGUCUCUUACAAUCAAUAAUAAGAGUUUCCUGUUUCAAGUGCUAGUUAAUUUAAUGUGUGUAAUGGGGAAGCUUUCACACUUACAAUGAUAUGACGUCAGUGAUGUUAUGUCAAGAACUUUAGACAGUUGUGUGAAGCAGUAAGCACUAUUCUUAUUUGACUUUAGAUAAAGCACUGUCAGUUUCAUCUCAGAGUGCACUGAAGUCUCCACAACUGAAAAAAGUACAUAGAGCCUUGACACAAAUUAUGGAAUAAGGAUGUGAUAAAAUAAUACAUUUAUUAGAUUUAUUCAGCAGCAUCAUUUUCCAGUUGUCUUUUCUAAUCAAAGUACAUUACAAAGUAAUUAUAAACAUUCUAAUUAGAAAUAAUACAAAUUUCGAGAACUCAGAUAUAAAACAAUCAAAUAGCAGAAGUCUUCAUGAUUAUAACUUUAGGAAUCUUUAAAUUAUAUGAGUAGCUAGCCACGAAUACUGAAUAACAUGUUCCUGCAGUGGUACUCCAUUUCCUCAAAUGGUUCAUGUUGUGGAAACCACCUUGGCUAAUUAAUAGAAAAGCUAAUAAGAUGUACAGGAUAUUCUGAUGGAAGGUUAUAUAAAUAACCAGGUAACUACAAAGACUGCAUUAGUAGAAAUUGUUUCCCUUUCUAUUAAUGUCCACUUCAGGAAAUAAAUAGUCAAUAAAAUUAAAUUUUCACAUUAAAAAACCUGAAUAAUUGCUUAAAUGAACCAAUACUUUUUGUAUUUUUUAUUUGGAAAUAAGCUGUUCCAGAAAUCUAGCUACUUCAUUUCAUAGUACAAAUUACUUCCAGAGACUCCAGCCAACAACAGAGCUAUUCCAUUGAUGAGCAAGAGAAAAUCUCAUUAAAUUAAGUACUUCUGGUACUUAAUUUAAUCUAAAUAUAUCAGAUCUUUUUAAAAACACUAUUAAUGGAAUGUUGUUAAUAAGGAUCUAGAGGAAAAGUAUGUGUCUUACGGAUUGAGAAGAGAGCAUUUUAUCUCAGGCAGUUAAAAUAUUGUGAGAACAACAUUUUGCACAGGUAACUAUUCAGCAUAAUGAUGCUGCAUUGACUCUUCCAUCUUUUGUUUAACACAAGAUAAACAGAGACACCCACUUGUACAUACAGUAGUAUAUAAAAUAGGUGGUAAAGAUGCCCAGAGCACCAGUAGAAGU